AGUUUUUUGUCAGCCAUGAAACUGUUCCUGCUAACUCUCUCCGUGGCCCUGGCCUUGGUGUCCGGCACCCCGGCCCGCCUUAACCGCACCAGCCUGCUGCGCCAGGUGACCUUCACCGAGAUUCCCGAGGGUCGCAUCGUCAACGGCUACCCAGCUCCCGAGGGCAAGGCCCCCUACAUUGUGGGUCUGUUCCUCAUGAACGAUGGAAGCAACAGUGGUGCCGUUGGUGCUGGUUCCAUCAUUGCCAACGACUGGAUCCUGACCGCCGCCCAUUGCCUGACCACCGACUACGUGGUGAUCCACUACGGAUCCAACUGGGGCUGGAACGGAGCCUACAGGCAGACCGUCCGUCGCGACAACUUCAUCAGCCAUCCCGACUGGCCCAACCGUGGCGGCACCGACAUCGGUCUGAUCCGCACUCCCCACGUCGACUUCACCGGCCUGAUCAACAAGGUUGCCCUGCCCAGCAUGAACGAGCAGAACGAUCGCUUCCAGAACACCUGGGUCGUGGCCUGCGGAUGGGGCGGUAUGGACGACGGAAACCUGGCCGAAUGGCUGCAGUGCGCUGACGUCCAGAUCAUCGGCAACAGCGAGUGCGAGCAGUACUACGGAUCGGUGGCCAGCACUGACAUGUGCGUCCGCAACACCGACAGCAAGGGCACCUGCGGAGGAGACUCCGGCGGUCCUCUGGUUACCCACGACAAUGCCCGUCUCGUGGGAGUGAUCACCUUCGGCUCUGCUGAUUGCCACAGCGGUCCCUCUGGAGGCACCCGCGUCUCCGACUACCUGGGAUGGAUCCGUGACCACACCGGCAUCUCCUACUAAUUCCGCAAGGAUUAUCUUGUUCAUUCCUAAUAAAUUCUUUUCAAAAAUGCAAA